AUGUUUUUGAAUUGGGCGCCAACGCUGCAGCUGGGAACAAUGUUGGAUAUGUAAUCGAAUAGUUCCCUUGUGCUUUGAAAGUUAGGUGUAGGGAUGGGCUUGGAUACAGAAUUGUAGUGUGAGCUUUGUUGCAGGGCGGGUGGUUGGAGCUUGUAGGAGCGAAAUGGCGGUUGACAAGAAGGCGCCCGCCCUGUCCUAUGAGGAAGAGCGGAAGCAGCGAGUGAUGGAGAACAAGAGAAUAAUGCAGGAGCUCGGCUUGGUGGACUUGUCGAAUGAGUUGAAAAAAUUGAAGAAGGAUUCGGCAAAGAAGCCUGUGAAACGGAAGAUGCUGGUGCAAGAUGUAGCGGGAUUGGAAUCGCGGCGAUCGUCGCGAGUUGCGGCUAAGCCCGCGGUGAGUUAUCGUGACCAGCUGGACCUCUUACCUGGAUUUCGUGCACGGUCGGGGACAGGAGGGGAGAGGCAGGGUUUGCCACGACGGUAUCUGUCUGAUACUGUGCGCUUGGCCACCAUUGAGAUGGCGGAGGAGGCGUUCAAAGCCAUCAAGAAUCCUGGAUUUGUAAAGGCUAUGUUACAUUCCCACGUUUCUAGUUGUUUCUGGCUAGGACUGCCGCAUCAUUUUUGCAAGAAACAUAUGCCGUAUGAAGAUGAGAGGUUUACACUGGAAGAUGAGGAUGGAAAGGAAUGGGAGUGUUUAUAUCUUGCUCGUAAAACAGGUCUGAGCGGCGGUUGGCGUGGCUUUUCUCUCGACCACGAUUUGGUGGACGGAGAUUGCUGCAUUUUUGAGCUUGUUCGUCCACUUCGAUUUAAAAUCUAUUUUUUCAGGUGUAGUGAGCAAGAGGAUAGGGCAGAAGAUGUAGAAGAGAAGAGAUCGGCAGUGAAAGCUGAAAGCAAGAAGGCAAUGACUGAGAAGAAAGCCAGCAAAGCAGUAACCAAGAAGAAACCAGGAUUUUUCGAAGCCAGAAAGUCGAACAAAUCUGCUUCAAAGAAGCUGGAAGUUACGGACGAAGAGGACGAUGAAUAUCAGUCUCCAAAGAGGUCUGUGAAUCAUGAUGAUUCUUACGUGGUAGUCGCUUCUAGGGCUUCCAGCCGCAAGCGUGUCGAACAUGAGGACGAUGUUGGCAAAUGUCUCACUCCACCAAGGAAACAUUACAAAGGAACAAAGUCCAAUCAUCUGAAAGGAAAUCAAGCUGACAACCCAAUUGACCAGGAAAGUGUACAAAAUGAAGUCGACGAAAAAGGUUCAGGGGAAUCCGCUGCUGUGACCAAGACGAAUCAAGCAGGUUUAGGUCUAUCAUCCGGCAGAGUGACCAGAAACUCUUCGAGAAGAUCCUUAGGUACUUCGUAGGCGACAUGAAGUGUGUUGUAUUGACAGUGAGAAGGCAACACUUCAGAUGAACUAGUCACGAAGAUAUUGUCUGUGGCACAAAACUUUUGCUCGGGCAUUUGUGCCGGUAGUCAUCGUAAUUAUCCCUCAAGCAGCAUUGCUUCAUUCUCAAUCUCUACAAUUUUUGAAGAAUUGAAAUCUGGGAAUUUGAGAGUAGACAGAAUCGAUUCAUGUACAGCGGGGGAUUUAAACGACAGAUCAAGUGAAAGAGAUAUGAUGUACAGUUCUUGAUAGUGCAGAUCCAUUACCAUUCAACUUAAACAAAAGAAGAUCGACUGUUGGAAAAUUACGGUAGAAUGACUUGCAUGUGAUCCAGGGAUUUCGAGCUUCACCUUCAUUGGUUUGAAAAGAGCAGGAAGAUGCUCUCACGCCACCAAGUGACGCUAGGUACGUAUUCAGCUUUUUCCCGCUAUCAAAAGCUUGGAAUAACCUUCGAAUUUUUUUUGGAAGGCUUUUCAUUGCAUGGAAUUUACGCACUUCCGUUGAGGAUUUUACGAUUUUGUUUUAUUAGCUCUUCAAUUAUGUAGUGCAUAAUGUGUUAUGCCUUCCCGGCAAAGUGAGCCGUGUCUUCGGAUGGGAGAAUGUUUUAGUUAGAUCCUUUGCUGUUGGAAUGAAGACAAUGACUUUGUAGUUGGACUUUUUUAGUCUCGAAUUCCAAUGGUCAAAUAUUCGCAGAAGUAGGUACACAUACACACAUUGUUAAUUCAUUGUUAAUACAUUGCUAAACUUUGCAUUAGAAAAUGUCUGCUUGGGGUUGUUUGCAUCUCGAACGAUACAAGUGCGAUUUUCAACUGCUAUUUAAUCCUCUGACUUCCUGGGUGGAGUUCAAUGCAUUUGAACGAUUGCAAGUACUACUGCUAAGAACAGCUGGCUCAUUCUAUGAGUUUCUCUAAGGAGAUGUCAUCAUGAUGCAGCAAGUCACAGGAUUGCCCGAUUUAAUUUUGCCUUCGUUGUUGAAGUUGGUGAACAAACCUUAGGUGUCGUCAAAUUUAGUUGAGUUGUAGUUUUUACUUUCAGGAACUUAUAUUUUCUGCGAUGGUGUAGGCUCUAAAACUUUGAGCAAUCUUUUCCUAUAAACUUCAUGGUGGUGAGAAGCUUGUUGUGCGCUCCACUCUUGUUCUCAAAAUCGGUGGAAUAGAACAUUAUCAGAUAUUGCUGUAAGUUUGUAAAAUAAACAAGUUUUCAACGCCA